UAAGAUGUUGUUUUGGUAAACGGUCAGUAUUUUAUGAUGUCAUAUUGCCCAAGUUAAUAAAGUUAAUACAGCUAAUGCUAGCUUGAAUUCCUGCAACAGAUUUUUAAUUUAAAGUUACAAUUAAUCAUAUAUUUUUUUAUAUUUUGUCCAUUCAAACCACACAAAUGUUUUUUUGAAUUAGUAUAGAAGUGAUGUAAGAUUAUGUAAUGAUUACGAAAUGACAUUUAAGGAAAAAAAAAGUAGUUGUGACGACUUUACCUGCUUCCUCCUUCUGAUCGAACUCUCUGAUAUCGAUUGCCCAAGUCUGCUGUGUGAGUCGCGGGAAAUUAGAACUAAAUCGAUGCCUGUGCCAUCGAUCAUCAAAAUAAACUCUCAUGGACAAGCUAGCGGAGUGAGUGUAAGUCGCACUUAACAAAUAACCUCAUCAUGACCAGUGUUAUCAUUACAACAGUGAGACACAAUAUGUGAACACCCUACUCAGCCUUGCCUGUUGUUAACGUGUCACGCUGUUUUACUUAACUUUCGUCAAACCGUAGCUCUCUGGUGACGGCAAGCCACGGUGUUUUACAAAGCGAAUUACACAGUCAAUCAAAUUCAGUAACGUUUUCGUAUAAUUUAACUAAUGUCAGGCUUAAACUCUAAAUUAGUGCUAUAGCUUUUACUGUUGUGUAUAUGAGCAGGAUGGAGAGCAAUGUGGAGGAGCAGCUGAAGACAACACUGCACUAUGAUGACAAGGAAAAGCUCCGUAAGAAGUUGGAACUCUUACAAAGGGAAUAUCUCAAAACAGCCCAGAGACUCCAGCGAGCUGAGCGUUUGGAUGCCGUGCGUCGGCAUGUGAAGAGCAGGAUCUCACAGCAGAACCACCAAGACCAGAGUGACCCAGAGGUCAAACCUCAUAUCAAACCGUCAUCACUGACACUGAACUCAGCGUCACAAGUUCCAGCAGAUCCUGAUAACUCGAGAAGUAGCCAGGAGAUCAGGUUCCUAUUCCCCUCUGAUGCUGCUUGCCAGAACACCCCAGAUCCCAGUCAUGAUGCAGAUGGAGGGCACAGACCCAGUUCUGCCCUGCGCCUCAGGUCUUGGCGCAGCCGUCUACGUUGGGAAAGGAAGAGUGCAGAGGCCUCCAUGCUCACAGACAACAGUGGGGAUGGUAAAGGGCAGAGUGAAAAGAUGGAGUAUGCCAAAGAAGAGGGAGAAGAGGAUAAAGUCAAGUCUGAAAGAGAAGAGGUUGUGAAUGAAAGUGAAAAGUUAUUUUCUGCUUCAGAGACACAGUCGUCCUCUCUGCUGCUUUCACACUGGAAAACACAUGCACACACUGGAAUAGGAGAUAUGCAAGGGAGUAAUGAACUAGGGGAAAUGGAGGUAUCAGCUGAUGAGAAAAAAGGAUCAGAAUUGGUCAAAUUUUGGAAUGCUGCUGAAGAAAGUAUUAAAGGUUGCACACUGAAUGGAAAAAUAAAGGAGAGAGAAGGAGAUGUGGACCAAAAUACAGCGGAUAAAGUAGGACAUGAGAAAAGUGACAAUAACAUCAUUGAAAUAAAGGAAGAAAAGAUUGGGAAUGAAAAGGAUGAGAUGAGUGUUGGUCUCCUGGACUCCUGUACCCUCGUGGAAGGACUACUUUUCCCAGCAGAGUACUAUGUUCGAACUACAAGACGUAUGACAUCGUCACAGAGUCAGCCUGACAUACAGGCUGUCAUUCUCUCCCAGCUGAGCGCAGGCCGACAUCGCAGGAGCCGUGGCCGUGGCAGAGGAGUCAACAGACACACACAUAGCAGUGAAUGUUCGGAUCAACACAUACAGACUGAAAUCUCCCCUCUGACAAUUGCACCUGUACAUACACCAUCACAAGUGAGUACUGUUGAUGCGUUGGCUGAGCUCACUGGUAACAGUCCUAACUUCAGCGAGAUUUCAAAUGAAAUCCCUCAUAGUGCUACUCCAAGAAGAGGCGGAAAGAGAAAAAGAGGCAGGGGAAGAGGAAGGACUCCGACCCCACGAUCCUCUCUCAUCCAUCAAGCAGCUUAUGUAAAGACCUCAGAGGAUCUCCAACCCACCACCAUCCCUGUCUCCUCUUCACAAUCUCUCCAUGCACCUGGUAAACCAAAGCCACGUCACCCUCUUGGAGAGCCUGUUCCUGUGGCAGAUGAUAGUCAACCUGCGUCCACUGCUGCAGUUAAUGAAACUCAGAGCAGCCCGGCCUCUGGAGAGCUGCAGAAGCUCUUUCCCAUCUUUCUGAAGAGCAGCAGCAGGACAAACACAACCGCACAGAUAAUUCAGAGUACACCGAGCUGUAGAUCUCUGCUCUUGCCUUCCUCUCCUUCUGCCCACACUUCUCUUCUUCCUCUGUCAUGGCUGACCUCUGGCUCGCUGCUCAGAAACAUGAGGAAUCUUGACAUCCACCAAGAUUUUCAUCUCCCUGAUGACCAGUUUGCCUCUCUGAAGCUGCACAAGCUCCGCAAAGUUGCCAUGGAAUUAGAACAUUUCACACCUCCCUCUUAUAACACUCGGAGUAGCAACCGCUACGCUCACCUCUGCCCCAGCCCCAGUGACCCUGUGAUGUCACUUCCCCUCCCACUCAGCCUCACGCCCAUGAUUGCAAAUUCACAAAAACAGGCUGCUACACAGUCUGGAGAUGAACAAAACCUGUCAGUAGGAUACUGUAAACUUGCAAAUCCAUCUUUAGCUAAAGAGCCAUCCAACCAAGAAAAUACAGAGACUCAUAGAGAAGAAAAGACUGAAAACACCUCAACAGAAUCUGUGAUAGUGGUUCAUGAUUUUGCUGCUGGUUGUUUACAUCAAACUUCAGAGCAAGACACUGAAAUUCUGAAUGUCUCAACCAGCAACACACAAACACCUAGUGACCGGAAUGACAAACCUCAGCUUCAUGUCAGUUUUGUAGACAUGUGUGUAGAUAAUGUGAAUGAUUAUGAAGUCACACUUUGUGCUGGGGAUGUAUCGUCUUUGGAGGAUCAGAGUACUUCAUAUCACCAAGGAGAAGACAGAGCUGUCAUCAAGACUCUUUACUUUGAUUGCACGCAUCAGGAAAUGCCUGGGGAGCCUUUUAACAGCUGCACUGCUGCACAGACAUGUAAUGACAGUGAAGCUUCAGGAGAGUCUCCUGCGAAACAUCCUUAUGUGAAAACUCCUGACAAAGGCCUAAAUGAGACAAUUGAAGCCGCCACACAUCCUCCUAGAGACAGUGCAGAGGAAAAUCAGUGUUUACCACACCAAAGUGUCCACUCUCAGCUCCUGCUGAGCCCCACACUUGCCUCAGCACCUUACCCUUUCACAACCACAUACCUGCCCCCCUCAGCUCUCAUCUCCAGCCCUACACUUCCUUCUGUAGGACUCACCCCCCACCGUGUUUCCACUGGGCUCCCCCUGACCUCUUCUCCCUCUGCGCCAGCUCUCACUCUGCCUCCUCCCCACAGUCCGGCAUCUUUAACCCCCUCCCCACCCACUCUCUCUCCCUGUCAGUCCAUCACUUCCCUCCCACCUAGCCAGUCUCUCAUCUGCAGUCACAACCAGGCUUCGUUAGAACCACCAGAUACAGGCAAUCAGUGUCAGGUGGUGGAACCGACUUCCUGUCCAACUGAAUCCUGCAUCCAGUCACAAGGUUCGAGUGGUCAGGCGGGUCAGAAAACCGAGGAGACUGCAGAACAACACGUGAUGAGAUGCAUGGACACACUGAAGGCUCCAGCAGGUGGCUGUCUGGUGGACACGUGCUGUCUGCUUGGACCCUCAGGCGAGUUGUGUGUUGCAGCAGCAGGGAAGUGGGCAGUGUGUGUGUGGAGUCAGACCCCAGCUUCUGACUGGACCUUAAUACACACCUGGACCUUCAAUGAUCCUGUGAUAAAUGUGUCUCCCAUCCCUGAUGCUGCUGGACUGAUGAUUGUGACUUUGGGUCAACUGGAAAUCAGAGAAGUGAGGUUGCUGUCGUGCUCCAGCCUCAUGCAAGUGCUGCUGUGUGAGGGGGUUGUCCAGGCUGCUGUGGGUGUGUCCAAGUCCAGGGUGGUGACCUCCUCCCACUCAACAACCGGUUCAACCCUGCAGGUGUUUAGCAUAUCAGACCACGACAGCACACCAAGCUCUCAGCCUCUUGUGUCUCCUGGAGUUUGUAUCGGGGCCCUCGCUCCAGUGGAGGGACUCUCUGAUGCUGUGCUUGGCACAGACGAGGGGGGGCGUGUCUUUGUCUGGAAUUUAGAGACGGGACAGCUGCUGCGUAAAAUCGUCUUCGGUGACGGUUUAUCACACACAGUCUGUCUGAGAGGAUUCUCGUCCCGUGGAGUGUUAUUCGUCCUGCUGCAGCAUCAGUCGCUCAGCUCCCUGGAUGAACAAGAAAAAGAGGCCAAAGGAAAAGAUGGAAUCUUUUCAGAGGAGGAAGAGGAAACUAAGAAAACCGCCUUGUUCUCCUUGCUCGCCGUUAACCCGCUGAACAGCAAAUCUGUGGUGGCUACUCGACUGUAUCCACCCAAAGCCUGGUCUGGCAGACUGUGUGAGGCCGAUGUCAGCAGCUCCAGAGUGGUCGGUCUGAGUCAGAGCGGCUGUGUGUGCGUGUGGGAGCUUGGGCGACAACAGGCCUCCAGGAUGGUGUGGGCUCCUGAGGGCGAAGGGUGGCAGGUGGCUCGCUGGGGGGGACGAGACACGCUGGUGACCGGUCAUCUCAACGGAGAUGUCACUCUGCACUGCUACAGAAAACUAUAAUAGACUCUUAGGUUCCUUUCCUGCCACUGUAUGAAUGUUUCUAUAGAUUUUAACAUGGGACCUUUAAAGUUUUAACCUGAAUUUGUUGUAAAAAGGUUCUAGGUUGCUCAAGAAUAGGAAUUCCACUACUGUAAACUGAGUACGUUUGCGCCCCACUGUUAAAAUUUUAUUUUGAAAAGAUUGAACGAUGCUACAAACUUGCUUGUUUUCCUCCCACUGGUGUUGCCUUUAAACACUGGAUGUCUCGAAACUGAACUAUUUCUACUUGAUGGUGAGAUUUCACUUUUUUACAUCCCUGAAGCCUCACCCUAAAAAAACAAGUUUGUGUUUUAUUACUGUUGCUUAUUUGAUACUGUAUGUUAUCAUAUAUUUAAAGAAAAAGAAGUGUUGCCAAAGGUUUGUUGUUUUUUUUACAUUACAUUAAACAUAAAUGUGAACUCAGUAUUUUUAUACGUGUCUGUUUUUUAUCUGUAUUUACACGACUGUGAAUACUGAUCAAAAUUUACAGACUUUCUGAACUGGGUUAUCACAGGUUUGACACAAGCCCACACUUAUUUUGGAAGACUUCAUUAAAAAAUAGGGAUGAGAAUUGGUAUAAGUCAGUCUCAGUAUCUGCAUGGGAUAUCGGCCAGAUUGUACAAAUAUAACUAAAUAUCAGCAAAACCAUUUUAGCUGAGUGGGAAAACAAUAUUUGUUACACAUGGGGAGAAUUAUGUCUUUGAAAUGACUGAGCACAAACGUGUUGUUAGCAGCUUCAUAGUACAUAAAUGGUCUAAAAUGACUGUAUAGAAUAAUAUCGGCAUCAGGUUUUCGGUAUCGGUAUCAGACACAAAAAUGUGGUAUCGGGACAAAUAUGGAUUUGUCUGAAGAGGACAAUGAUAAGUGAGUGUAUAUAAAUAUAGAGACAAAAGUAAAGCUGUUAAUCUGUUUUAUUCAUUUAUUUUUUUACAUUUUUGCUGAUUGUGUUUUUGUUGUCUUUGUUGUAUGUUGAGUAUAAUUUUUGUAUAAAAGAUGGAAAAUACAAUAACGGUAUUGUUGAAAAACAACAACCAGACAAAUUAAAAACUACUAAAAGCAACACAUUUUUAUCAGUAUUGAUCUAUGUUUUGCAGUAAAAGAUGACAUUGAGCAGACAUCCACUGUGCCGGGUCAGCUCACCUGAAUGGAAUGCAC